UAGAAUACCGGAGCGAAUCGAUCUCGGAAGGCCUCAGUGGGGAUUGUAACGUGACUAAGAAAGACUCAUUUGUGGAUUGUAACGUGGUCAGUCCAAAAUAGAUGGACAGGAGUGAUAUAAAAUGACAGACUACGGAGAGGAGCAGAGGAAUGAGUUGGAAGCAAUAGAGUCCAUUUAUCCAGACUCUUACACAGUUCUGUCAGAGAAUCCAGCAAGCUUCACCAUCACAGUCACUUCAGAUGCAGGAGAAAAUGACGAAACGGUGGAAGUGACUUUAAAGUUCACUUAUGUGGAGAAAUACCCAGAUGAGCCUCCCCUCUGGGAGAUCUACGCACAGGAGAACCUGGAGGAUUCGGAUGCAGAAGAAGUCCUCAGUUUACUACAACAGCAGGCAGAAGAGAACCUUGGCAUGGUGAUGAUAUUUACAUUAGUCACUGCUGUGCAGGAGAAACUCAAUGAAAUAGUGGACCAGAUCAAGAGCAGGCAAGAGGAGGACCGGCUACAGAAAGAGAAGGAGUUAGAGGAAGCUGAGAAGAAAGCCUUCCAGGGUACAGUGGUGACCAUCGAGAACUUCCUGUCGUGGAAGGCAGGCUUUGAGCAAGAUAUGGCGGAGAUCAGGAAGAAGAGACAGAAAGAGGAGGAGCAGGCAGGGAAGAACAAACUCACAGGAAAACAGUUAUUUGAAACAGACCACAAUCUAGACACGUCGGAUAUCCAGUUUCUGGAGGAUGCUGGGAACAGCGUGGAGGUGGACGAGUCCCUCUUCCAGGACAUUGACGAUUUGGACCUGGACGAAGACGACCCGGAUUUUGACCCAUUAGCACUCGGCAGCGAUGAGGACUAAAGUGACGUAUUCCAAGUGAAGGUGCAGACUGAUGGGCAACACAACGCUGCCUGUCAGUCGCUCUCUGUACGAAACACAGACUGUCUACGCAAUCAAGCUGUAAUCUGUGAUGAUGAUGAUGCCGCCUCGGGGUGUUUCUGUGCAACUUUUCCGGUGUGAUUUCUACACCUAUGCCAUUAAAGUCAUCAGCCGUCA